UUGGGCUAACCCAUCUCUAGUUCGUUUAGCGUGACGUGGUUCUGACUGGUUUUAAUUGAAGUUCCUUUCCUCAAAGUCUCAAAUCAUAGUUGAAUAUUGGAUUCGACGGAGGUUGCCGCUUAUCGGCGCUUUUUAUUUUUAACUUUAUUACUUUAGGUCAUACUUUAGGUAGUAAAAAAGUUAGAUCUACAUUUGUGGACAUAAGUCGUGCCAAAUAAGUUCCUGGAGUAAAUUCGUAAAGAUAGCAAGAAAAAAGACCAAACUUAUCCUAAUCAUGGGUGCCUUUGCAACGGGCCUCGGUAUCCUAUUAUUUAUAGCGGCGGCUCACUCCGAUGAAGCGCCGAAAGGCCCAAAAGUAACCCACAAGGUGUCGUUUGACAUCACUAUGGGAGGUGACUCAAUUGGGACCGUAGUUAUCGGACUAUUCGGCAAAACAGUUCCCAAGACAACUGAGAACUUCUUCCAGCUGGCACAAAAACCUGAAGGAGAAGGAUACAAGGGCAGCAAGUUCCACAGAGUUAUUGACAAUUUCAUGAUUCAAGGUGGAGACUUCACUAAGGGUGACGGAACUGGAGGUCGCAGCAUAUACGGUGAGCGCUUCCCUGAUGAGAACUUCAAGCUGAAGCAUUACGGUGCUGGCUGGUUGUCAAUGGCCAAUGCUGGAAAGGACACCAAUGGAUCUCAAUUCUUCAUCACUACAAUAAAAACUCCCUGGUUGGAUGGCAGACACGUUGUAUUUGGAAAGGUGUUGGAAGGAAUGGAUGUAAUCCGCAAGAUUGAGAAAACUGUAACUGGUGCUAAUGACCGUCCCGUUAAGGAUGUUGUUAUUGCAAAUACUCAUACUGAAGUUGUUGCUGAACCAUUCAGUGUCACAAAAGAUAGUGCUCAAUAACAAUACAGAUUAUUAUAGAUAUAAAUGUUUUAGUGAAUUUAAGGUCAUAAAAAUAAUACUUUUGUGUUGUUCCUGUUAUCAAUUUACAGGAAUAAAAACUCAUGAUGUAUUUUGUUUAAUUACAAAUCAUUAACAAAUAUUGCAAUAUAAAUAUUUUAAUUUUUAAUAAAAAUAAUAAUUAAGCGA